UGUCAACUUUCAUUUCACAAGUUCAUCUUUUUUCGGUAGAAUUUUGUGUUUUUGAAUCUAUUUUUAGAUAAAAAUAUAAAAUUAAGCACAUUUCUUGACUUGCUUCUAUUAUUUUGAAUAGCCUAAAAACUAAGAAGUGAUAAAUCAUGGGCAGAAAGUCUUCAUCUAAACAAAAUACUAAGAAAAACUCUAGUAAAGAGGGCAGCAAAUAUGAACAACAGAAAAGAAAGGAACUGGCGGUUCUUGUGGAUAAGUUACUGAAACUAACGAGUAUAUUUCAGGCGACAGUUACUCCAGCUAAAAGUUGGGAACACUAUUUAGAGAUAGAAUCUCUUUUAAAGCAGAUUCAAAAUAUUGAAGCGCCUAAAACUAAGUCUGAGACUCCAUCUAGGGAGUCCAAUAUAGAAGAAUUUCUUAAGUGGUUAAACGAAAAUGAAGCACAAUAUGAAGGAGUUGAAAUUGCCAGCUUUAAAGGUUAUGAUCUGGGACUUAAGGCAACCAAAGACUUCAAGGAAGGUUCCUUGAUGCUCACCAUUCCUAGGAAGGUUAUGAUGAGCGAGCAGGAUGCAAGGGAAUCUAUUCUUGGAAAGUUUAUUGAAGUUGAUCCGUUGUUACAAAACAUGCCCAACAUCACACUAGCUUUGUUCCUGCUGAUGGAGAAAAGUAAACCAGAUUCAUUUUGGGCACCCUACAUUGCUGUGUUACCGGAGCGGUACUCAACAAUACUGUACUUCACACCUGAUGAAUUAGCAGAGCUCAAGCCGUCUCCAGUGCUGGAGUCGUCUCUGAAGCUGUACAGAAGCAUCGCGCGGCAGUACGCAUACUUCUACAUGAAGAUACACACGCUAGACCUGCCUGUAGUGAAGAAUCUACAAGAUAUAUUCACGUUUGAAAACUAUAGAUGGGCGGUGUCGACGGUGAUGACUCGACAGAACAACAUCAGCCUGUCGCACGCCGACACCACCGCCUUCAUACCGCUGUGGGACAUGUGCAACCACCAACACGGGAAGAUAACGACAGACUUCAACAAGGAGCUAUCACGUGGCGAGUGUUUCGCGCUGAGAGACUUCGCGGCCGGCGAGCAGCUGUUCAUCUUCUACGGCGCCCGGCCCAACUCCGACCUGUUCCUGCAUAACGGCUUCGUGUACCCAGACAACCAGUACGACAGCCUGUCCCUCUGCCUGGGCAUCAGCUCGGAAGACCCGCGGCGCGCGGCGCGGCGGGCGCUGCUGUCGCGGCUAGGGCUGGGGGGCGCGGCGCACUACCCGUUGUACGCCGCCGCCGCGCCCGUCAGUGCCGAGCUGAGAGCGUUUGUGAGGAUCUUCUGUAUGGAUGAGGAUGACGUAACCAAAUGGUCAUCCCACAACGUGCCGAGCGAGCUAGUCUCCUCAGAACCAAGCAGCGCGGAGGCGGUGGGCGCAGCUCUGGACAGGAAGGCGUACAACUACCUGAUGACGCGAUGUAAGCUGCUCAAGACUCUGUAUGUGAGGAGUGCGACGGAGGAUAAGGAACUGUCUUUGCAUAGGAAUAACGUAAAACUCCUGAAGGAGUGUGAAGUUCGAAUACUAGAUGGCGCUAUCGAGUACCUGCAGGGAGUCAUAGACUCGUUACCUGUCGAAGAAACCAAAUAGAUCUGCACACAACAGUAUGUAACUUACAAAGAUAUUCUUAUUCAUAAGGUUCGGACUACAAGACUCAGUCUUUGAUCGAGGCCCUCAGGGCUAUUUUAGAUAGGAUUAAGGAAUAACUGUGAACAUGAUUUAUUUACUUAUUUGAUAUAAAAAUAUUUAAAAACCAGAAAUAUUUUUGUGUCUUAUCUGGAAUGAGAAUAAUCUGUCUAAGGUAAAUGAUACUUUAUAAUGUGUUCAGUAUUUUGUUAAUUUAACUAUUUUCUUGGUGUAUUAAACCAAAACAGAGAGCUUUUUACGAAAAAAUCUGCGCGUGAUUUUUUUGAUACUUCAAGUGUGUUUGCUUUGUUUUAAAUAUUGAUAAUUAAUAGAAUUUAUUUAAAUUUUACUAAGAGCUUAUAAUUGUUUUUUGUAAACUUUUGUUAUACAUUCGUUUCUUAAAUAAAACUAUUGUUUUCAUUCGAAUCAAACUUUUUC